AUGCAUGACGAUGGUGGAAUGAGUAUGCCGGACCUCGAAGCGCUCAUCGAUUCUCGAAUACCCGAGCACCGCAAUCAAUUAGAGACGAGUCACGCGAAUUUGGAGAAUGUUGCCGCUUAUUGCGAGGAAAAUUACCUCAAUCAUCGGGAUAAAGCGCAGGCGUUGUACGAGACGAAAAAUUAUGCGGUGCAAUCGUUGGCGAGCGUCGCUUAUCAGAUCAACACGAUGUCGCGAGAUUUGCUGGAUAUGCUCGAAUUGCAGACCGACAAGGUUUCAGCGUUGUCGACGCGAAUUAGUCUUGUCAAUCAGGUGGUCGACAUCCACAAGGAGAAGCUUGCUCGACGCGAAAUCGGAGCGCUCACAACCAACAAGUCACUAAUAAAACAGCCGAAAAUCAUUGCGCCGGCUAUCGUCGAGCCGAAACAAAGAUAUAUGCGAACGCCGAUCGAUUAUUCGGUGUUGGACGGCAUCGGACACGGCGUUCGAGCCGUCGAGCCGCCGAAAACGCAAAUUCGCGCGCCAUCGAGCAUCAGCGGCGCCUAUCAUAAUUCGCCUAGCGAUUACGGGACAUACAGCGAAAGAACAGCCACCUUGGGUCGAGCCCAUAUUCGACCGGGAUAUGCUUCAUCGGCGAUUCCGGCGUCCGAUUAUCGUGUGCCGCACGUCGGCGGCAGCAGCGGCAGCGGCGGUAGCAAUGUGAGUCGACAGAUCAGCCAUGGCGGCUCAUCGGAGUACGGCUCAAACUCCGAUUAUCAUCAUUUGUACUCGUCGGAGAAGUACGGUACGAUUCGCGCGUCGAGACCGACGACGCGAGGCGGCGUCGACGACUCGCCGACUCUACCGCUGCCGCCGCCCAAUUUGACGUCGCAACACUAUGGCGGCUACGUGCCGCCGGGUCAGAUUCUCCAACACGACAAAUAUGGAACGAUUCGGGGAACGAUGGUCAAUCCGCCGACGGCGUUGGACGCGAAAAAUGAAUUGCCACCACCUCCAAGUUCGUUGCUGUCUCAAUCGACGCAUGAGGACGCCGACGAUCUUCCGCCACCUCCGGAGUCUGUCAGCGGCUCGUCGGCCUAUGGGGUGUUCGGCAUCACGGCGAACACGUCGAGCUCGUCGGCCAAUUUGUUUGAUGUGCAUUCGGAUUGGGUGCCGGUUGGCGAGUUUAUCGAAAAAGCGGUUGUUCUGUAUGAUUAUGAAGCCGAAAAAGCGGAUGAAUUGACGUUGCGCGAAAACGCCAUCGUUUACGUGGUCCGCAAGAAUGAUGAUGGAUGGUACGAGGGAGUAUUGGACGGUGUGACCGGAUUAUUCCCUGGAAAUUAUGUGCAAGCGAUAUAA